AUGUGGUCGAAGUAUUGGACCUCAAAACCAACCAGGCUGGUGAGAAGACAGAAGCAAGAGCAAGAGCAAUCACCCGAAACUGAUAGCGAUGAGCAACCAUCUUCUUCAAACAGCAAAGAACCCAUCUGCAAAGAUGAGAUCGAAAAUCAGAUCCCAGAAAUCCUCUAUCGAGCCAAUUUCGACAGUCUGACACCUGGCCAAACACCACUCGAACUGGGCUUCUCAGCCACUGAUAUGACGUCAAAGAUACCACAAAACAAUCAUGAGAUGGGAGAAGCGCUAUUCUGGCAUUUUGCUGUCGAAAGAGCCUAUCUCACCAAUGCCAAGUCGCCAUAUGGAAGAGAUCAGAACACUACGUUUGUGUCCACUUGGAGCGAUAAACAGAAGGCAGAGGAAGCAAUCAUGAAAAUGGAUUUGGGCGUGGAAGACAAAGGAACAUGGAAGAUAUACGAGAUUUCGCGCAAGGUGCUGGAGGAGGAAGAUGUGGUAGUGAUCAGCGCGGAAAAGACAUAUCAGACGUUGCUCGGUGUUGGUGUACUGACGGAGAAAAGGAUGAGCAAAGGGGAGACUGAGAGUGUAUUUCUGGUUGGGAGGCAUGUUCCAAAGUCAGCCAUCAUUGGAAGCAGCAGUGUACAGACCACAGAAUUAGGCUCAUAA